GGAACUUCCCAAAACGCCAUAUUGGAUUGUUGACUGGUUCUCUGGAAACCGAUAGCCGACGAUUUCCAAGCAAACCACAACAUAACAGACCCAACAACAUGCCAGCUAAAGCAGAAGAUAUUCUCAAGGGAUUCAGGCUCAACUGGAUGAACUUGAGAGAUGCUGACAACGGGAAGAUCAUGUGGCAGUCGAGUGAUGACCUAUCUGCUCCUGAUUCUGAACAUGAAGCUCGAGUCCCCAAGAAAAUCCUAAAAUGCAGAGCUGUGUCAAGGGAAUUAAAUUUCUCUUCCCAAGAAGCCAUGGAGAAAUUCCGGCUUGAACAGAGGGUUCUCUUCAAAGGGAAAUGUUUAGAAGAGUGGUAUUUUGAGUUUGGUUUUGUCAUCCCUGGUUCCACAAACACAUGGCAGUCUGUUAUAGAGGCGGCUCCAGAGAGUCAGAUGAUGCCAGCUAAUGUACUCAAUGGCAAUGUAGUCAUAGAAACCAACUUCUUCGACGGCGAUAUGAUGGUCAGCACAUCCAAAGUGAGGAUAUUCUAUGUCUAGCAUUUCCAUGGCGACGCUGCUGAGGGGAGAUGUCUGUCAUUCACUGCUCGGGGUGGGGGGUGGGGAGCUCUCAGUGUAGAAGAGGAGGAAACUCAGUCCAGAUCGGCCAUCUUGACAUGUGUGCUCGUCAAGUGGCUACUUUUUGUUCAUUUUGAGAUUUUCUCAUUUUCUCCGAUUUUUCCUGAACAGAAAAUGCUGCUUGACUGGAAACAUUUCUUUUUAUUUGUAAAGCAUGGUUUUAACAAAUAUUUGUCUUGGAAAGUUGAUAAUUAAUGAGAAAUUAUAAGUUACAUUGUCGAAUAUGUCAUGAACAUGAUGGAUUAUAGUAUAUAGUGAUUAUUAAGCUGUUUCUGUUAUCCUGUUCUUGGACAUAGGAAAAAGAAUUUUCCUGCAUAUUUAACACUGUUUAUCUUAUUCCAUGAAACUUGAAUUGAAAUUUACGGAAUGAUGUCCUGUCUGAAAGAUCUGUGAUAUUUGUUGCCAUGAAGGUUUUCGAAAGUUUGUAUGUUUUGUCCAAACAGUACCACACCGAUUUAUGUACAAAUUUUACAAGCACUUGAUAAGCGACAAAGGGUAAAUACCUGAGGCAACAUGUCAACAUUUGGAGAGCUCACCCAUGGAAUUUUAUUUUGUUCCAACAUUCUGCACCUCAUCAUGAUAUUGUGCCUAGCAUUGUGUUUAGUGUGAUAUGCACAUGUUCUAUAAACAUUCCAUCCACCUUGUAUUAGGGACUGUGUCCACCUUGUCAUAGGGACUGUGUCCACCUUGUCAUAGGGACUGUCCACCUUGUCAUGGGGACUGUGUCCACCUUGUCACAGGGACUGUCCACCUUGUCAUGGGGAGUGUCCACCUUGUCAUGGGGGCUGUGUCCACCUUGUCACAGGGACUGUCCACCUUGUCAUGGGGACUGUCCACCUUGUCAUGGGGACUGUCCACCUUGUCAUGGGGGCUGUGUCCACCUUGUCAUGGGGACUGUGUCCACCUUGUCACAGGGACUGUCCACCUUGUCAUGGGGACUGUCCACCUUGUCAUGGGGACUGUGUCCACCUUGUCAUGGGGACUGUGUCCACCUUGUCAGGGACUGUGUCCAGCUUGUCAUGGGGACUGUGUCCACCUGGUCAAGGGGAAUGUGUCCACCUUGUCAUGGGGGCUGUGUCCACCUUGUCAUGGGGGCUGUGUCCACCUUGUCAUGGGGACUGUGUCCACCUUGUCAUGGGGACUGUGUCCACCUUGUCAUAGGCACUGUGUCCACCUUGUCAUGGGGACAGUGUCCACCUUGUCAUGGGGGCUGUGUCCACCUUGUCAUGGGGACUGUGUCCACCUUGUCAUGGGGGCUGUGUCCACCUUGUCGUGGGGAUUGUGUCCAGAUUCGCCUUGAUUGUAAUUCUUCGUAUUAAAGCAACCUGUUUGAUUUA